AUGGCGUUUCAAGGACAACCGCUGCCAUUGCAUCCUGCACAGCCAUUGAUGCAGCAUCCACCAGGCAAUAUGAUGGGCUGGCAGCCACAGCAGCAGCAGCAGCAGCAGCAGCAGCAGUCAGGCGCAGGACCAGCAGUGCUGCAACCCCAUCCCAUGAUGAUGAUGAUGAUGAUGCCCAUGCAGCCAAUGCCACCGAUGCAGUCAAUGCAGCCAAUGCCACCCAUGCAGCCCAUGGGGAUAGGGAUGGGGAUGGGGAUGGGGAUGGGCAUGAUGCAGCAGCCUGCUCCAGCCUGGUCCAGCAUGAUGUCGCCUGGCCCACCACCACCGCCAUCGUCGUCAUCAUCACAAGGACAGCAUCAACAGCAUCAGCCAAUUCCAUUGCACCAGACGCCGGUCCAACAGCAGCAACAGCAGCUGCAGCAGUUGACGUCACAAACCCCCUCCGAAGCCGUUUCGCUGGAGAACGCAUUGGACGACCUGUGCAGUCGAUUCCUCACGACAAUUCCAGAAGACGAGCUCUCGUCAUUCGAGCGUAUUCUCUUUGCCAUUGAGCAGGCCCAUUGGUUUUACCUCGACUUUUACCGUCUGCAAAACCCCGCCCUGCCAAAGUUCUCCCUGAAGGCGUUUGCCACAAAAAAUAUCGGCGCAGAUUCACUCUUUCAUCACAUUCCAGAGUUCCGACAGUAUGCGCAAAACGCCGACGAGAUUUUUGCCAAUUUCAUCCAGUACAAGGUCCGAGUCCCCGUCUAUGGCGCUAUUCUUUUAAAUCCCUCAAUGGACUUGUGCGUAAUGGUCAAAGGAUUUGGAAAGAACGCCGGAUGGGCCUUCCCUCGAGGGAAGGUGAACAAGGAUGAGGACGCGUUUGAUUGCGCCGCUCGUGAGGUUAUGGAAGAGACCGGAUUUGAUAUCACGACUCUUGCAAACCCCAGCAGCCCGUAUAUCGAGUUGACAGUCCAAGAGCAGCUGAGUCGCCUCUAUUUGGUUCAGAAUGUUCCAGAAGAUUCCGUCUUUGAAACGAAAACCCGCAACGAAAUUAGCUCCAUCGAAUGGCACCCAGUCCAAUCACUCCCAACCUUCCAGGACUACCGCAAAGGCGACAAGCGCGCCAAGGCUUUCUGGCUUGUUCUACCGCAAAUUCAACCCCUGAAGGACUGGGUCAAGAAGACGAAGAGUGGAAAGAAUGCCCCUCCCAAAUCCAUCCUGCCUCGACCUGCUACCGAGCCGCAACUCGGCUCUUAUCACGUCCAACCAUCUCCUCCUCCACCCCAGCGCGUUGCCAGCGACUUGGACCAUUCGCAGAAUUUAAAAGCAAUCCUGGGGGUUGGCUCGCGUAGUAGCGCGUCCGCAACGCCCAUCCAAGCCCCUUCGCCGAUGCCUCCUCCAACCACGUUGUCUCCGGACGAACUCGCAGCCCAGCAGCUGCAAGUCUCAAAGGCGCUUCUUGCAAUGAUCAAGCGGACUGCACCGCAUGACCAACCUCAGCAGCCAGUGGCUGAUGCCGGCAAACUGUCAAACCAGCCAACCAUUGCUCCAGCACCUGUUCCACGAACGCUUGCUGAGCGGUAUCCAACGACAAAGGGAAACCUGCUUUCGGCCUUGCUCAAGCCCAACCAAUCACCCACCGAGCUUGAAAAGGACGCGUUUGGAAUCCUGCACUUUCAUUCCAAUGCGUGGACAAACUUUGGCCUGAACGUUGAUGCGCUUGUUGCCGAGCUCGCGCCUGCCGACGGGCAGCACUGA